AGGUCAGGAUUGGAUGCCUUGCAAGAAAACUGAUGCCAACCAGUUUGUAAUGAUAUGAGUUAAGAACCACUUUAUCAGCUGUAGCCUGUAUGCACAGUGUCUACUAUUGCAAGAAAUGUUCUAUUGAUUUCCCUAGUGUAUCUCGUUAUGUGAAACACAGAAAACUCUUUUGUCAACUUGGUCGAGGUAAAGAGGAUUUAAAUGAGGGUAUCCCGGAAGAUGGUAUUGGCAAGCUUUCGAUUGCAGAAGCGACUAAGAGAAUAAGUCGAGCUAUAGAGUUGAGAACCAAAGAAGUUGACCCGGCCGUGUACCAUGCUGUAGAACAAGUCAGACUUUACAAAAAGAAAAUACGUAGUGAUGGUAAGAAAAUAAACGAGCAAAGAAAUGAGGUGUUAAAGAGAUUAGCAGAUUUAAAGCAAGAAAUGAGGGAAUUGGAGGCAACUUUCACCGAGAAGAACAAGAAAUACGAGUCGAUCAAAGCUUACAGCAAAGUAUCUGCUCUUGAGGUAACUGGAACAGAAGAACUUCUUGACGAGCUACAUGACCUUAAGAACGCUAUAGUUUAUCUAGAGGAUGAGAUCGCCUCGAAUAUCGAUUGUCUUCAUCUUAUUGAAAGCGGGAAAUAUAAACCGAGUGAAGCUCGCUUGCCUGAGAAACCAGACACAGUUCUAGAUAACAUAUCCAGCAAACGAAACAUCCGGGAGCACAGCACACGAAAGCAUAGUACUCGAGAGCAUAGUACUCGAGAGCAUAGUACUCGAGAGCGAAUCCAGCUACCAGCAUUGAAAAUACACACUCCUCUCUUGACCCCUCUCACAAAACCUGUAACACGUGAUCUGACACGUGAUCUGACACCAACACAGGAGGUGGACGGUAGAGAGCAUUCCAGGGCGACCUCAGCUCCCAGGGUCUCCGUGCGACAAACUAUACAUUCGCUGGAUAAUGAUACGGCAUCAGUCGUGUCCGCAAGGACUCUGAAACCUGGGUCAGCCGAUUCUGUUGUUUUGCUCGGCAAACUUCAGAGAAAACGAGACAUUAUACUUCUCAAACGUGAGAUUCAGGCCAUGGAGCAGGGAGAAGAAGAAGGGGUUAGAGAUGUGCUCUCUGAUUCUGCUCUCAUCCCGUACCUUCCUGAAUCCGGAGUUGUUGUUUACAUAGACUACCUUACACCAACAUUCCAUAUUUCUGCUAACCUUAUGUUGACCGUGAUAAGGGACUCAAAGAUAGUUUGUCAGACCUCCACAUUUAUAGUGACCCCCGCUUCACAUGUAUCAUUCCUGGGUUAUCACGAAACGUUCCCCAAUCUAGCAGUUUCUAACGAUACCUACCUGUAUUCUUCUAUCAGAACAUUGGAAGGAGAAGAGUUGGGAUGGUGUUUGUUCAAUUUAUUCUCUGAUAGAACACUAAAUUCUGGAGCCUGGAGAAUUCCUCUAAAAUCACCUCCUUUUUCCCACGAUCUGGUAUCCACACUAUACCACGGGGCCAGAUCUCUCAAUUACAGCCUAAGAUUAAGGUGUUCAGUUACGUCGGUACAUGAUGCAAUGUUGACUGCACCGAAACUAAAGCUAGCGCAAUAUAAAAUUCAUAAUCCUGGUUUUGAAGACCGGCUCAUUAUCAGCAACAACGUGAACAAACCGGAGAAUAAACAGAAAAUUGUUAGAAACCAAUCGCAAGAGAAAGUAACUGAAACCUACGGCCCUCCUGACGACUUCGACCCAAUCAAGAUACUCCGAAAAGGCAACAAAUCGACACCUAUCAGACCGAUGCCAGCCCCUGCUAAAACCGCGACACCUGCAGUUGAACUGCUUCCAGUUCCAGAGCCACCUGAACCAACUGAAACCCCCGAAAGAAUCAAGGGACUACACUACCACACCCUGAUCCUCAACCAGCCCUCUUUACCACCCUCACUCUCUGUUCACGUGCAGUACUGUGAGAUUGAUGAGGAGUAUAACAUAAAGAACAGUGUCUCCUUCCCCUCCUCUUCUCAGCCUGUCGCACAACCCUUCUCAACCAGUACUCUUUAGAUUACAAGACACUGGAGCUAGCCUGGAACCAGGAGGAGAUAGUGCUGAUAUUUACUUACAAGGAUGGAGAGAGCAAUGUAGUUGGGUGGAGCUGGGCGCUCUAUUCAGAUAAGAGGCUGGAGCUGGAGGUGUUCAAACCUCCUAUUCCCUCCUUCUCCAAACUCGCUCAGUGGCUGGAAGAGCUUGAGACAAACGACAUUGCCACUGUUGAGGAGGAGUUCACUAGGAUUGCUAACAGCGGAUUACUGGUCAGGUACUACGACUCUAAAGAGUGGACGCCUCGUUUCCCUGACCGACCAGAUGACUAUUUCCUCCUCCCUCAACCAAGACUACCUACUGGGGCAUUCAGACAUGUGGAACCGAAACCAAACUUUACGGUACAUGACAAAAACAGAUCAAUAACUCUGAUAAUAGACGGGGCACGUUACCUACCCUCCUGUGUGACAAUCUCACGAGUAACUGGUAGGAUAUUCGACCGGGACUUCAACAUAUUGGGACCCCAGAUCUCAUCCAGUGUGGUGCUGGACAGUGAUAUCUACAACCCAAUCUACAAGUACAGCGUCAAGCUUCCUGGAGACCUGCCAAAAACUAGUAUCACAGUGCUGAAGUUAUACACUCUACACGCUAUAACAGGACAGCUGACAACAGUAGGUUACAGUCUGCUAAAUCUGUUCUGCAAGCGUGGUACUGUCCUGGAAGCAGAAGCAACGGACCCCUCGGUGGUACUCAACAAGGGAGCCAUGCAGUUACCCCUACAUAUAGAUGGCCCUGACGCUGGUCUCCCUCUCAUGAUGGAUUCUCUCAAGGACGUGUACUGUGUCCCCUGCUCCUGGCUGCUAGUAAGGCUCAUGUACACCUCUGAUGAUGGUUCUAUACCCCUGAUGCCCUCUUACAAUGAUGGAGUGUACGCUGAUAACCACCCCAAUCUCUCUGCUACUGAAAUAUUCGUUCUCGACUCUUACAGAAAGAGACCUAUCACAAAUGGUAAAAAAGUGUGUAACGUGGAUCCAACCCCCGCUGCUGUGAUCAAGAAGUUGACCCGGCACAAAGGACAAGCAAUCAAGGACAUGGUUCCCGCUGAGAUUAUUGAGUAUUCACCUGAGUUUGGGGUCGGAGUUAAAGUUGUCGGCGUGAAGAACCUGAGUUCGCGAGAGCCCGAGUCCACGCUGUUCACCUACCUACGCCUGAGCACGAGGGAGACAAUGUUCAAGUUUACAGACCACCUCCUUUAUAACGAGUGUGUGCAGUUUAACAUCGGUCACAAGAUCAAGUGGACGGAUCAGAUCCACUACUUCAAACACGUGACACCCUCUCCUGAUGUCUUCCUCCUCGUUCAGUUUCUAGAGCACUUCAACGAUCAAUUCACCAUGGUAGGAUGGGUACAAAUACAAAUAUUCAGUCACGCUGGGCCUAUGACGUUUGUUAACAGAACCAAUAGAUCUGAGAUGCCCCUCACAUUGGGAUCCCUUGAUCCGUCCAGACAGUCCCGUCCUUUAGAUCUGAAGUCUGAACUGGAUUCUGAAGGUGGUGCUCCCUAUGCAGUGGUAGAGGUGUUUGACACACGUUUCUCAAGUGAGAGCAGGGCCAUGGACUACGAAGUAGACCACAGUUACAUCACACUCGCCGAGAAAGGAGUUGAUUUCAUCGCGCAACAGAUGUCUGAGUCAAGAGAUUUUAUACAAUGAGGAUGUUUU